GCCGGGGCCCGGGUCCGCGUCGGGCGCCUGGCUCUGUACGCGAGCCCGGGGAUCUGCGGCCCUCACGGCUCCCCUCCCCCGCCCGCCCUCUCGUGGAGCCCGACGCCGGCGGCAGCUGCCCGGGCGGGGGGUUGAGGCGCACAGGAGAGGCCCCGGCUCCGCCCUGGGCCUGCCCUGGGGGAGAGAGCAGCGGCCCGCAGCCGGGUCGGGUCGGGGCUCCUCCCGGGAGGAGAGUGGAACGGCGGCGGCGGCGGCGGCAGUAGAAAUGAUGGAAGAAUUGCAUAGUCUGGACCCAAGAAGGCAGGAAUUAUUAGAGGCCAGGUUUACUGGAGUUGGUGUUAGUAAGGGGCCACUAAAUAGUGAGUCUUCCAAUCAGAGCUUGUGCAGCGUGGGGUCCUUGAGUGAUAAAGAAGUUGAGACUCCUGAGAAAAAGCAGAAUGAUCAGCGCAACCGGAAAAGAAAAGCUGAACCUUAUGAAAGUAGCCAAGGAAAAGGCACUCCUAGGGGACAUAAAAUUAGUGAUUACUUUGAGUUUGCUGGGGGAAGCGGGCCAGGAACCAGCCCUGGCAGAAGUGUUCCACCAGUUGCACGAUCCUCACCGCAGCAUUCCUUAUCCAAUCCCUUACCGCGUCGAGUAGAGCAGCCCCUCUACGGUUUAGAUGGCAGCAUAGCCAAGGAGGCAUCGGAGGAACAGUCUGCUUUGCCAGCCCUGAUGUCAGUGAUGCUCGCAAAACCUCGGCUUGACACGGAGCAGCUGGCACACAGGGGUGCUGGCCUUUGCUUCACUUUUGUUUCCGCUCAGCAAAACAGUCCCUCUUCUACGGGAUCUGGCAACACAGAGCAUUCCUGCAGCUCCCAAAAACAGAUCUCCAUGCAGCACAGACAGACGCAGUCUGACCUCACAAUAGAAAAAAUAUCUGCACUAGAAAAUAGUAAAAAUUCUGACUUAGAGAAGAAAGAAGGAAGAAUAGAUGAUUUGUUACGAGCCAACUGUGAUUUGAGACGGCAGAUUGAUGAGCAGCAAAAGAUGCUAGAGAAAUACAAGGAACGAUUAAAUAGAUGUGUAACAAUGAGCAAGAAACUUCUUAUAGAAAAGUCAAAACAAGAGAAGAUGGCAUGUAGAGAUAAAAGUAUGCAAGACCGUUUGAGAUUGGGUCAUUUUACCACUGUCCGACACGGGGCCUCUUUUACUGAGCAGUGGACAGAUGGUUACGCUUUUCAGAAUCUUAUCAAACAACAGGAAAGGAUAAAUUCACAGAGGGAAGAGAUAGAAAGACAACGGAAAAUGUUGGCAAAGCGGAAACCUCCUGCCAUGGGACAGGCGCCUCCAACAACCAAUGAGCAGAAACAGCGGAAAAGCAAGACCAAUGGAGCUGAGAAUGAAACAUUAACGUUAGCAGAAUACCAUGAACAAGAAGAAAUCUUCAAACUCAGAUUAGGGCAUCUUAAAAAGGAGGAAGCGGAGAUACAGGCAGAGCUGGAAAGGCUAGAAAGGGUUAGAAAUCUACAUAUUAGAGAACUAAAAAGGAUACAUAAUGAAGAUAAUUCACAAUUUAAAGAUCAUCCAACGCUAAAUGACAGAUAUUUGUUGUUACAUCUUUUGGGUAGGGGCGGUUUCAGUGAAGUUUACAAGGCAUUUGAUCUAACAGAACAGAGAUAUGUAGCUGUGAAAAUUCACCAGUUAAAUAAAAACUGGAGAGAUGAGAAGAAAGAGAAUUACCACAAGCAUGCAUGUAGGGAAUACCGGAUUCACAAAGAACUGGAUCAUCCCAGAAUAGUUAAGCUGUAUGAUUACUUUUCACUGGACACUGACUCGUUUUGUACAGUAUUAGAAUAUUGUGAGGGAAAUGAUCUGGACUUCUACCUGAAACAGCAUAAAUUAAUGUCAGAGAAAGAGGCCCGAUCCAUUAUCAUGCAGAUUGUGAAUGCUUUAAAGUACUUAAAUGAAAUCAAACCUCCCAUCAUACACUAUGACCUCAAACCAGGUAAUAUUCUUUUAGUAAAUGGUACAGCAUGUGGAGAGAUAAAAAUCACCGAUUUUGGUCUUUCCAAGAUCAUGGAUGACGAUAGCUACAAUUCAGUGGAUGGCAUGGAGCUAACGUCACAAGGUGCUGGGACUUACUGGUAUUUACCACCAGAGUGUUUUGUGGUUGGGAAAGAACCGCCAAAGAUCUCAAAUAAAGUUGACGUCUGGUCUGUGGGUGUGAUCUUCUACCAGUGUCUUUAUGGAAGGAAGCCUUUUGGUCAUAACCAGUCCCAGCAAGAUAUUCUACAAGAGAAUACCAUCCUCAAAGCUACUGAAGUGCAGUUUCCGCCAAAGCCAGUAGUAACACCUGAAGCAAAGGCUUUUAUUCGGAGAUGCUUAGCCUACCGAAAAGAGGACCGUAUCGAUGUUCAGCAGCUGGCCUGUGACCCAUACUUGCUGCCUCACAUCCGAAAGUCAGUCUCCACAAGUAGCCCUGCUGGAGCUGCUAUUGCAUCAACUUCUGGAGUGUCCAAUAACAGUUCUUCGAAUUGAGACCGACUCCUAGGCCAUAGACUGUUGAACACGCAAAAUGGACAAAUGGCAUUCAGCAGCGGGUUUGGAACAUAGUGAAUCCGAAUGGAUCUCAUGAAACCUGUACCAGGUGCUUUUAUUUUCUUGCUUUUUCCCAUCCAUAGAGCAUGACAGCAUCGAUUCUCAUUGAGGAGAAACCUGGGGCAGCUCUGGCCAGGCCUCAUAGGAAAAGGCCCCGCCCGAGGUUCCAGCGUCAAUGGUCACUGUGUGUGGCUGCUCGGAGUGAGGAAAAAUGAAAAAGAAAAACUGGUUCCAUGUACUGUGAACUUGAAAACAUGCAGACUCAGGGGGUGUCCCUGAUGCAGUGCUUCAGAUGAAGAAUGUGGACUUGAAAAUACAGACUGGGCUAGUCCAGUGUCUAUAUUUAAACUUGUUCUUUUCUUUUAAUAAAGUUUAGGUAACAUCUCCUGAGAAGCUUGCAGCACAGAGGCUCAGGUGGGGAUGUGUUUGACUUCGGAGGAAAAAAGUUGCUAUUGCCCGUUAAAGGCACUAGAGUUAGUGUUUUAUCCAUAAAUAAUUUCAAUUUUUAAAAACAUGCAGCUUCCCUUCCCUUUUUUUUAUUUUUGAAAGAAUACAUUUGGUCAGAAAAUGAAACCCGUAUUAGCAAGUACGUGGCAAUGUUCAUUCCAUUCAGAUGCAGCUUUCUCCAUCUGGUCUCCUGUUUGCAGUUGCUUCCUUCCUCGCCGUAGGGAAGUGAUUGGAUGGGAGCACUUAGAUGUGUGAGCUUUGCCACUGGACAGAGAAUGAGGUUAGAAGACUGCAGCUUGGAAUCUCUCUAGGUUUUCAACUAUUCCUUCACAAUUUGAACACUUGACGGUUGUCCCUUUUAAUUUAUUUGAAGUGCUAUUUUUUUAAAUAAAGGUUCAUCUGUCCAUGCAGUCCUCUUGGCUUCUCUUAGUAUAGGGGCUGUGAACCGGUGCACAGGUAGGCAGAGAACGGGCUGGGAAGUGGAAAUGCCCCAGGCAUCGGUCGUCCUACCCACAGCCUUUGUGUGCCUGCUAACUGGUGUACAAUUCUUGUUAACCACGUAUUAAAACUUGAUCAGCACAUAAGCUUUCCUCUAUUAGAUCUCUGGGCAGGAGAUAGCCUCCCCCAAAUCUCUCACUCUAAGUGUUGCUGGUUGUGUGUGCUGGUAUGUGCAUCUGUACACACACUUGAUCUAACUCACUGGAUUAGAGUCAUCAAGUGGAAUUUUUAAAAAAA